UCUCUAGCAACUGCGCACGUUGCCAUGCGUGUCUCCUCUCUUUUCUAAAGAAACAACUUCAGCGCGAGCUCCUGAGUGUGACUUUGACACGCUCCGGGUACGAGCAGCAGCAUGGAAAAUACACCCCAAAACAAACUCCACUCUUAGAAGACAGUAAAUAACUUCUGGGCGAUCAGUCAUGGAUGGUUCUACGAAUAGCCUAGAUGACGUGUCCGGGAGCAGCGCUGAGUACCCAGACCGUGUGUCCAUGAUGGAGGGGCGUCUGCAGGCACAGGAAGAUGAGAUCAUGCUGCUGAAGUCAUCACUGGCCGACGCGCUACGCAGGCUCCGCCUCCACGACCAGUUGAUCCCCCUGCUUAAACAGCAGAUCAUCGCAGUAAACCCUGCAGCCCCCCGUGUCCUGAACCAGGUUUACUGCUCUGACGGUUUCUCCAGUUCCCGUAAACUGUCCUCCAGCUCAGCCCUGGACAGCCCCCGCCACCCUGCCACCAGCCAAGUACUAAACAGCACUGAAGGUGAGAAUGGCUCUAAUGGGGACUCUACAUCCCCUGGUCUCAUACAUAAGACCCCAACGUAUGAUCGGGCUACCCAGACAGACCUCACUCCUCUGGUGCAGGACCAGGAGCUCGACAAGGUCCCCCUGGCUCUCACCAGGCCCGUCCAGAGCCUCUCCCUGGAGGAUGCCCUCCCCGAGGGGAUGUCUCUGACGGAGGAGGCUCGGGCCAAGUUCCACCACAUCCAGAGACUAGAACUGGAGGAGAAGGACGAGGAAGGGGAGGAGAAGGACCUGAGUUGGGCGUCUUCCGUAGAGGAUGCCAUCCACCCCACCGCCAUCAGGAACCUCCAAAGAGAUGACCACCAGGACCCAAAUGGCUCCACGGAGAGCUUGAGCUCAGCCUCCCAGACCCCAAUCUCAAGGUCCCCAGCCCCCCCUAAGGACCUGUCCGCCAGCCCCCGGAGCGGACCUCUCUCCAUCAUCCUGGAGGGCAAGAAGAAACCCCUAAGUCCGUUAGCUCAACCCUGCCACACCAUGGAAACUAAGAGAGCUCGCAGGAACAGUGAGAAACUGGUGAAGGACCCCCAGGAGAAGACAAAGAAGCUGCUGGACAAAAAGGCGGCAUCCUCGGCCAACCUACUCAACAGAUCCCCCAGUCUGGAGAGCCGGACCAAGGAUCUUAUCGCCAGAGCAGGAUCUCCCGGGUCCAGACGAGGAACCCAAGGUCAAUCAAUCAAGAUGUUCAUCCGUGGUCGACCAAUCACCAUGUAUGUCCCCUCCAACAUCCAGAACUACGAGGACCUGAGGAUGGAGCCACCUGUAGAGAAACUGGAACUCGAUUGGGUUUACGGUUACCGAGGACGGGACUGCCGGGCCAACCUGUACCUGCUGUCGUCGGGUGAGGCGGUGUACUUCAUCGCCUGUGUGGUGGUGUUGUACCACAUCAACAACCGCACACAGCGCCACUACCGCAAACACACCGACUGUGUCCGCUGUCUGACCAUCCACCCAGACAAGGUACGGGUGGCAUCAGGACAGACGGCGGGGGUGGACAAGGAUGGAAAGCCCCUGCAGCCUUAUGUCCAUAUCUGGGAUUCCUCCACACUGAUCACCCUACAACAGAUAGGACUGGGCACCUUUGAGAGAGGUGUAGGGUCUGUGGCUUUCUCCUUUGCAGACGCUGGAGCCUUCCUCUGUGUGAUUGAUGACUCCAAUGAACACAUGCUGUCUGUGUGGGACUGUGCCAAAGGAACCAAGCACACAGAGGUUAAGAGCACCAACGAGGCAGUGUUUGCAGUGGAGUUCAACCCCAGCGACAGCACCAACAUCAUCACUUGUGGAAAGUCUCACAUCUAUUUCUGGACCCUGAGUGCAGGCUCACUCACCAAGAAACAGGGCAUCUUUGGGAAAUACAAGAAACCCAAGUUCAUCCAGUGCUUUGUGUUCAGCCUGACGGGAGACGUGCUGACUGGGGACUCGGAGGGGAACAUCCUGACAUGGGGCAAAUCACCCGGCGACGUCAAGACACUGGGGAAAGGAGCCAAAGAGACGUUCCAGAUCAUGCGUCAGACACGAGCCCAUGACGGCAGUGUGUUUACACUGUGUAUGCUGCAGGGGGGCGCUCUCCUCAGCGGCGGGGGCAAAGACCGUAAGAUCAUCCGCUGGAGCGCAGACCUGGCACCCGAGCGAGAGUGUGAGAUUCCAGAAAAGUUUGGUGCGGUCCGUUGCAUCACAUAUGUAAACGGGGAAGAGGUGUUGGUUGGUACCACCCGAAAUGCCAUCCUGAGGGGCACUUUCUCUGACGGCUUCGUGGCCAUAGUGCAGGGUCAUGUGGAUGAGAUGUGGGGUUUGGCUACUCACCCCUCUCAGGAUGUCUUCCUCACCUGUGGACAUGACCGACAGGUGUGCGUGUGGAACACAGCAGAGCACAAACUGGACUGGUGCACCACACUGGAGGAGUAUGGGCUGUGUGCAGACUUCUGUCCUAAUGGGGCCGUGGUGUCUGUUGGGCUCAGCACAGGCAGGUCCUGGCAGUGUUAUGCAGACUCAGGACAACUGAGCGUUGGAGGAAUACGCAGAUUUAAAGAGGAGUCCGUAAUUUGCUUUCUGAUGAUCAUGAUCUUCUCCUCAAAGAAGUUGAUGAAUUUAUUACUGCUAAAGUGAAAGCCAUCCUCUCUUGGGGAAUGCUGCUUUUUAGAUAGCUUUGCGACAGUAUCAAAAAGGAAUUUCGGAUUGUUGUUAUUUUCCUCAAUUAAGUUGGAAAAAUAGGAUGAUCGAGCAGCAGUGAGGGCUCUUCAGUACUGUCUUUCCAAGAUAGUCGGAAGACUUCCAGUUUGGUGUGGCGCCAUUUUUGUUCCAAUUUUCUGGAAACUUGCUUCAUAGCUCUGGUAUUUUCUGUAUACCAGGGAGCUAGUUUCUUAUGACAAAUGUUUUUAGUAUUUAGGGGUGCAACUGCAGCUAGGGUAUUGCAUGCAAGGUUAAAUUGAGUUCCUCAGUUAGGUGGGUAACUGAUUUUUGUUCUCUGAUGUCCUUGGGUAGGCAGAGGGAGUCUGGAAGGGCAUCAAGGAAUCUUUGGGUUGUCUGAGAAUUUAUAGCACGACUUUUGAUGCUCCUUGGUUGGGGUCUGAGCAGAUUAUUUGUUGCGAUUGCAAACGUAAUGAAAUGGUGGGCCGACUGAAUCCUUAUGUAAUACAUGUAUCACUAGCCACUUUAACUAUGCCACUUUGUUUACAUACUCAUCUCAUAUGUAUAUACUGUACUCGAUACCAUCUACUGCAUCUUGCCUAUGCUGCUCUGUGCCAUCACUCAUUCAUAUAUCCUUAUGUACAUAUUCUUUAUCCCCUUACACUGUGUAUAAGACAGUAGUUUUGGAAUUGUUAGCUAGAUUACUUGUUGGUUAUUACUGCAUUGUCGGAACUAGAAGCACAAGCAUUUCGCUACACUCGCAUUAACAUCUGCUAACCAUGUGUAUGUGACAAAUAAAAUUUGAUUUGAUUUAUGAGGAAAAACAUUAAGAUCCACAACAUUUAUUCCAUGGGACAAAACUAGGUCCAGAGACAUGUUGGACAAACCCCACUGAGUCGAUGAUGGCUCCGAAAACCUUUUGGAGUGGGUCUGUGGACUUUUCCAUGUGAAUAUUAUUAUCAUUAAAAAUGUGAAUAUUAUCUGCUAUGACUACAAGGUCUGAUAGGAAUUCAGGGAACUCAUUGAGGAACGCUGUGGCCCAGGAGGACUGUAAACAGUAGCUAUAAAAAGUGACUGAGUAGGCUGCAUAGAUUUCAUGACUAGAAGCUCAAAAGACGAAAACGUCUGGGGUUUUUUGUAAAUUGAAAUUUGCUAUCGUAAAUGUUAGCAACACCUCCGCCUUUGCGGGAUGCACGGGGGAUAUGGUCACUAGUGUAACUAGAAGGUGAGGCCUCAUUUAACACAGUAAAUUCAUCAGGCUUAAGCCAUGUUUCAUUCAGGACAAUCACAUCAAGAUUAUGAUCAGUGAUAAAUUAAUUGACUAUAACUGCCUUUGAAGUAAGGGAUCUAACAUUAAGUAGCCCUAUUUUGAGAUGUGAGGUAUCACGAUAUCUUUCAGUAAUGGCAGGAAUGGAGGAGGUAAUGAGAUUGCUAAGGCGACCACUGCCAUGUUAGUUUUGCCCAACCUAGGUCGAGGCACAGACUCGGUCUCAAUGGAGAAAGCUGAGCUGACUACACUGACUGUGCUAGUGGCAGACUCUACUAAGCUGGCAGGCUGGCUAACAGCCUACUGCCUGGCCUGCACCCUAUUUCAUUGUGGAGCUAGAGGAGUCAGAGCCCUGUCUAUGUUGGUAGAAGAUGAGAGCACCCCUCCAGCUAGGAUGGAGUCUGUCACUCCUCAACAGGCCAGGCUUGGUCCUGUUUCUGGGUGAGUCUCAGAAAGAGGGCCAACUAUCUACAAAUUCUAUCUUUUGGGAGGGACAGAAAACAGUUUUCAACCAGCGAUUGAGUUGUGAGACUCUGUUGUAGAGCUCAUCACUCCCCCUAACUGGGAGGGGGCCAGAGACAAUUUCUCAAUGCCGACACAUCUUUCUAGCUGAUUUACACGCUGAAGCGAUGUUGCGCUUGGUGACCUCUGACUGUUUCAUUCUAACAUCGUUGGUGCCGACGUGGAUACCAAUAUCUCUAUACUCUCUACACUCACCAGUUUUAGCCUUAGCCAGCACCAUCUUCAGAUUAGCCUUAACUUCGGUAGCCCUGCCCCCUGGUAAACAGUUUGAUCGCUGGAUGAUUCGUUUUAAGCCUGACUGAAACAUAAUACUAAUACUGUGGGUAAUGGAGUCGCCAAUGACUAGGGUUUUCAAUUUGUCAGAGCUAAAUGUAAUGUAAUGUAGCUAAUGGUGGGAAGCUUCGGCCUCUCAGACCCCGUAACGGGAGGAGUAGAGACAAGAGAAGGCUCGGCCUAUUGACCCCCAGUUAAAUAAAUAGAAAUAUACAGAAAUAACAAAAUACGCCGAAAAGCUGUUGUGUUGUUCAAUCUACAUGUGUCCACGUCAAAAAUCCCAUCCUGCUGUUCAUUGUGGGAGAGUGGGAAAUGGGGGUACGCGGUGUCCAAGUCGGUUACGAGUAGCUAUGCGUGUGGAAAACAUUUAAUCACAGGUAAGACAAUUAACUUGUUUAGUACGGGCCAUUUGUAACUCCACUCACUACUUGUAGCUGUAUUGUCUGUUUUUGUAUUGUUGGUCUUGGAUAGCUUAAUGUUCCGGUCCGUAGCUAGCACUCACUCAGUCAAGUGGCUGCUUGCAUCGUUAUGAGGGGGUGGCAGGGUAGCCUAGUGGUUAGAGCGUUGGACUAGUAACCGGAAGGUUGCAAGUUCAAAUCCCCGAGCUGACAAUGUACAAAUCUGUUGUUCUGCCCCUGAACAGGCAGUUAACCCACUGUUCCUUGGCCGUCAUUGAAAAUAAGAAUUGGUUCUAAACUGACUUGCCUAGUUAAAUGAAAAACAAGAACAUUUAGUUUGAAAGUUUUUGCUGUGAGCCAAUGUUUUAGGUAAACAAACGCUGUGGGCAGGUCCAAUUUGUAAGUCGCUCUGGAUAAGAGCGUCAGCUAAAUGACUUAAAUGUAAUGUUAAAUGUCGCGACGUUCUCUCUCAUACCAAGCAUUAUCAACUCAUAUAAAGAGUCAAUCCAUAUAAAUACUUGCAUGUUAAUUACCAUGCCUUUGUGACAUGAACCCAUACAAAAUGAUACACAACCCCAAGAUGAUAAAAAAUACAGAAUUGUUUGGUGGUUCAAACCUUCAAACUGGUUGUCUACCUCUCUGCCCAAACCCCCCACCUACCACCCCCUG